AUGUACUUCAAGGAAGGCCUCCCUAAAACUGUUGUUUUGUCAAUCGGUCAGAAUGUAGGAAUUUUCUUCCACCUCUGGUACUUUUUCUUUCUUUUUACAUCCUCGCUUUCUCUUAGUACUUUUUUCUUCUUCUUCUUCUUUUUUACUUUCUCUUUCUUUUUAUUUCCUUGCUUUCUCUUAGUACCUUUCCUUUUUUCUUCUUCUUUUUUAAUUUUUCUUUCUUUUUACAUCCUCGCAUUCUCUGAGUACUUUUUUCUUUUUCUUCUUUUUUACUUUUUCUUUCUUUUUAUUUCCUCGCUUUCUUCAAUAAUUUCUCUUCUUUUACUUCUUUUUCUUUUUUUACUUUUUAUUUUAUUUCCUCGCUUUACUUACUUUUGCCUUUUUUCUUUUCCUUCUUCUUCUUGUUACAUUUUACUUCUUAUUUCCUCGCUUUUCUUUAUUACUUUUCCUUUUUUUUCUGCUUCUACCUGCUUACAUUUUCCUUCUUUCUUUUUUUUUCGUCUCCUCGCUUUUAAUUAUAUUUAA